AUGGAAGCCAAAAGAAACUCGUGCAUUAAGGCCAAGACGAAGUUGAUGAGAGAAAGGAGGAAGACCCAUGAGGAGCAUUUUGAUAAAAUCUGGGAUUGCCAAGCAGAGAUCUUCAGGAGCAAUUCUGGAUCAACCAUGGACAUUGAGACCAUACCAGGAGCCACAGUUGGAAGCAAGCAGAGGUUCUACAGGCUCUAUAUGUGUUUCAAAGCAAAAAAGGAAGCAUGGAAGAAGACUUGUAGGCCAGUUAUUGGUUUAGAUGGAGCUUUUUUGAAAUGGGACAUCAAGGGACAGUUGCUGGCUGCUGUCGGAAGAGACGGAGACAAUAGGAUUGUCCCUAUUGCUUGGGCUGUAGUGGAGAUAGAGAAUGAUACAAAUUGGGAUUGGUUUGUGAAGCGUUUGGCCUUUGAUUUGGGAUUGGAAGAUGGGAAAGGAUUUGUUAUAAUGUCUGACAAACAAAAGGGAUUAGUGAAGGCAGUUCAUAUCCUCCUUCCAGAAGCUGAGCAUAGGCAGUGUUGUCGCCAUAUAUACGAGAACUGGAGGAAAGGUGGAAAAGAUCUAAGGUUACAGAGGUUCUUCUGGUUCAUUGCAAGGAGCUACACUCCUGGUAUGUUCAACUACAACAUGGAUGAGCUUAAGAACUAUGAUCCAGGCGCACAUGCAUAUCUGAUGAAGACAAAGCCAGAGACUUGGUCUAGAGCUUUCUUCAAGAUAGGCUCCUACUGCAAUAAUAAUCUGAACAACUUGUGUGAGUCCUUCAACAAGACCAUCAGGGAGGCUAGGAAGAAGCCUCUGCUCGACAUGUUAGAGGAGAUAAGGCGCCAAUGUAUGACUAGGAACUACAAUUGGUCUAAGAUGGCUACCCACAGGAAGACUACGUUCACCAUGAAGACACAUCAAGAGUUAGACAUGGUUGAAAAGAAGUCCAAAGGGUGUAUACUGCGAUUGGCAAUUGGGCCAGAGACUGAGGUGGAGUAUAAAGACCAGUCAUAUGUUGUGAGUUUGGAGAAGGAGACUUGUGCAUGUCGAAGCUGGCAAAUGAAUGGUAUUCCAUGCAUUCAUGCUGCUAAAAUCAUCCUUGGUGCGAAAAGAAAACUUUCUGAAUUUGUUGCUCCUUGCUAUACAACUUCUAAGUGGCGUGGGAUCAGUCCUGUAAAUGGGAUGAUAGAGUGGCCUCAGACUAAUAGAUUAGGUGUGAUUCCACCACCUAAUCGAAAUGGCAAUCUUGGUAGGCCUAAAAACCAUGAUAGAAAGAAGGGAGCCAAUGAGACAAGGUCUACUACCAAGCUGAGUCGUGUGAACAGAGUUAUGACAUGCUCUAAUUGCAAAGAAGAAGGCCACUACAAGAAUACAUGUAAGAAAGCUUAUGUUUCGAGUCCACCUAAGAAACCAAGAGGCAAACCAAGGAAAUAUCAGGGACUACAUUUUGAAGAGUCACAAGCUCAAUCCUCCCAAGCUCAAUCCUCACAAGCUCACUCAUCACAAGCUCAAGCAUCACGAUGGGAAGUUCCCCAAUCUUCACAAGCAUCACAGACAGGAGCGUGGAGAAGAUGGUUCUCUUAG